ACAAUAUUGCAGAAUGGCACUUUGAACCUCUUUCUUCCUCUUUGGUGGUCCAUCAUCUCCACCCCUACACAAGGUAGAACUGGUUCAUUUGCCUGUUCGCAAGAGCAGUGAUGCCCAGGUUUUCUCAACAAUGUACUCCAUUUCCUGGCACGCUUAACCACUGAUCUCCUUUUUAUAAGAAGAAAAUUUUGGUGGAGAGUUACCCAGCAAGGAAAGGACGUGUGGCUAUUAAGUUAGACAAGAAGAAAGGAGGUAAAUUCCAGCCUUUUAAGAAGUUGUUUGGCAGAAGGAAAAAGAAAGACACUUUGUUGUCCCAGGAGGUGUCAACAGGGACUAAGAUUCACUCUCCCCGGAGUGUCAGCAAUGGGACCUUCUCUUCAGAUGAGGAGACCCUGGAAGACAAUCUAAGGUCCUUCAACUAUUCUAUGGGAACCCGGGCAUUUUCCCAUGACAGUAUUUUUAUCCCUGAUGGGGGAGCAGAAAGUGAGCAGACAGUUCAAGCAAUGUCACAGGACAACAUCCUGGGCAAAGUCAAAACUCUUCAGCGACAGUUGAGCAAAAACAUCAAGUUUGGGCAGCCACCACCCAAUGCCAUUCCCAUGAAGAAGGCAGACAGUGGUGAGGCUAGCUUAGAAGAGGAUCUGUUCCUGACCAGUCCCAUGGAAAUUGUGACUCAGGAGGACAUCAUUCUCUCAGACACCGAGAACAAACCCAGUGAUACGCCAAGUUCUCGGAGUCCUCUGAAUCUGCCUGGCACCAGAAGUGAGAUGGAAGAGAAGGUGGCACCAGUUAAACCGUCUCGGCCAAAAAGGCACUUCUCUUCUGCUGGAACCAUCGAAAGUGUCAACCUAGAUGCCAUCCCCCUGGCCAUCGCUCGCCUGGACAAUAGUGCUGCCAAGCACAAAUUGUCCGUUAAGCCAAAAAACCAGAGGGUGUCAAAGAAGCACAGGCGACUUGCCAGGGAUCGACCAAAUGAACAAGGUGGCCUUCCACGUCAGCUGUCCCUCGACCAGAACGGACACUCUGGAGAAGACAAGCCAAUUUGGCACGAAGAGGAACCAGAGCUGCUGGAGUCCGAAGAAGAAAAGAGAUGCCAAGAGGAAUACUGGCUAGAACUUGAGGCCAAGUGCAAACGGCAAAAGGCCGAGGCAGCAGAGAGGAGACGUCUGGAAGAGCAGAGACUCCAGGCCCUGGAGAGGAGGCUUUGGGAAGAGAAUAGAAGACAAGAGCUCUUGGAGGAGGAAGGAGAGGACAGGGAGGGAGAGGAGACAAAACUACAGCUGGAGGCAGAAGAGGGGCAGGGCAAAGAGGAGAAGCAGAGACUCAAAGAGCAAAGUGGCCAAGGCCAGGAGUGGAGAGAGCAAGAGGAAGGAAGGCACCUGGAGGCCCAAGAACAGGCGGUGUGGAGAGGGCAGGAGGCUGAGAGACAGCGGCAGUUAGAAGAGGAAAGAGAGUUGAAGGAGCUCAGGAGGCAGGAGGAGCUGGAGGAGCAGCGGAGGCAGGAAGCCGAGAAGCAGCAGCGGGAGGAGGAGGAGCAGCGGCAAAGGGAGGAGCAGCAGAGGCUGGAAGAGGAGCAGCGGCAAAGGGAGGAGCAGCGGCAGAGCGGGGAGCAGCAGAGGCUGGAAGAGGAGCAACGGAGGCGGGACGAGGAACAGCGGCAAAGGGAGGAGCAGCUGCUUUUGGAAGAGGAGCAGCGGCGGCUGGAGAAGGAGCAGAGGGAAAAGGAGGAGCAGGGGCGGGAGGAGGAGGAGGAGGAGGCCACGGCGGCGGCAGAGAGAAGGGCGGAGCUGGGAAAGCGGGAGGAGGUGGAGGUGCCCCAGCGGCCGGUAGCGGAGCGGCGGGAGGCCGCCCGAGGGCACGAGGAGAAGCGGCCGCAGCUGGAGGACCUGAGGGGCUGGAGGAGCGCGCUGCAGGUGGACUCUGCAGAGAAGCCCGGGAAACGCGAGCACCUGCAGCUCGAGAAGCAAAGAGAAAACUCUGAGGAAUCGAGGAUUUGCGAGAAGCAGAGCCGGGAGGCCGAGCCGUCCGGGGAGCAGCAGGCGCAGCGCGGGGAUCUUCCUUGGCACGGCCGUCGGGCACGUCAGGACAAGAGACCCGAAAGCGGCCCGCAGCCUCCGCAGAAGCAGGAGGCGCCCGUGGAAGAGACGCCGGCCCCCGGGGGGGAGAAGGAAGCUGCCGCUCCGGAGACCGACCGGAAGGUGGAGGAACUGCGCUGGCAGGAGGUGGAUGAGCGGCAGACCAUGCCCAGGCCCUACACCUUCCAGGUGUCGUCGGGAGGGAAACAGAUUCUCUUCCCCAAAGUCAAUUUGAGCCCGGUGACGCCCGUGACGGAGGCGGGGCCCGCCCCUGCUGCCCACGAGCCCGGGACCCCCAGGCCCAGCCCAGCGCCCCCCGCCCUGCCCUCCUCCCUCGGCGUCCCGCACACGGCCAUCCUGGUCACGGGAGCGCAGCUGUGCGGCCCGGCCGUCAACCUGAGCCAGAUCAAGGACACGGCGUGCAAGUCUCUCCUGGGCUUGUCGGAAGAGAGGAGGCGCGCGGAUGGCCCCGGCCCGGAGCAGCCGCCCCGAGCCGCCGAGCCGCGGGCGGGCAGCGGGAAGGCCCGCGCCCCGGAGUCCGCGCGCUGGGCCGCUGGGGCCGCUGGGGCCGCGCUGGCCGAGUGGGCGUCCAUCCGAUCCAGAAUCCUGGGGGGCGCCGAGCCUGAGCGGCGCGGCGACGGGGGCCCGUGCCGGCCGGCGGAGGAGCAGCCGCCCCGGGCCCGGUGGGAUUCCCGCGGGAGCCUCCGGAAGACGCCGCCGCUGAGCGCCAAGUUCUCCAUUAAGCCCGCUUGGCAGAAAUUCUCCGACGGCGGCGCCGAGACCUCCCGACGGAACGCGGAGGCGGAGGGCGGUAGGAGGCGGCCCUCGCCGUGGCCCGGGGACGCGUCGGGGCCGCAGCCCCCGGCUACUGGCGAGCGCCCCCGGGGCGCAGACGGGCCCGAGCCCGACGCCACGGAGGGAUGCAAGUUUGCCAAAGACCUCCCGUCCUUCCUGGUUCCGAGCCCUCCGUACCCGCCGCAGAAAGCGGGGGCCCCCGCGGAGGCCGGCGCCGCGCCGGACGGGGAGCCCACCGGGGCCGGGGGCAGGCCGGACCCCGCGGCGCCUGGCCAGGAGGAGAAGGCCUCGCCUUUUGGAAUAAAAUUGCGAAGGACCAACUACUCCUUGCGCUUCCACUGCGACCAACAGACCGAACAGAAGAGGAAGAAAAGGCACAGCAGCACCGGGGACAGUGCGGAGGGCGGGCCGCCGGCGGGGAGCGCGCCGGGAGAGGAGACGGCGGGCGCGGCCCCCACGCCCGGCCCGGCGCCGCCCGCCGCCUGGAAGGACUCUGCCGACCGGCCGGCCAGCAGGGGGCCCGCGGCGCCCAAGCCCGCCCUGGCGCCCAAGCCGGCCGGCCAGACGCCCCCGUCCUCCCCGCUCUCCAAGCUCAGCCGGCCCUACCUGGUGGAGCUGCUGGCGCGCCGGCCGGGGAGGCCGGAGCCCGAGGCCGCCGAGCCGGGCAGGGAGGCUCGGGAGAGCAGCGCCCCCUGGCCGCCGUCGCCGUCGCCGCCGCCCGCCGAGAGGAGGAAGGCGCCCCGGCGGGCCGACGAGGAAGCGGCGGACCCCGAGAGGAAGCCCGCGCGGCCCGAGAAGCCUCCCCCGACCCCCGAGGCCGCGAGGAAAGAAAAGCCGGUCCUUCAGAGCAGGCACUCUUUAGAUGGCUCCAAACUUGCGGAGAAGGUUGAAACCGCACAGCCGCUGUGGAUAACAUUAGCGCUGCAGAAGCAGAAGGGGUUUCGGGAGCAGCAAGCAACUCGAGAGGAGAGGAAGCAAGCCAGGGAGGCCAAACAGGCAGAAAAGCUCUCCAAAGAGAAUGUCAGUGUCAGCCUGCAGCCCGGGAGCAGCGGUGUCAGCAGAGCCGGGGCCCCGCACAAGCCCACCACCCAGCUGGAAGAGAAGAAGCCGGAGACUGCCGCAACCAGGCUUGAGCGCAGAGAACAGCUGAAAAAGGCCAACACUCUUCCUACGUCCGUAACAGUGGAGAUCUCUGAUUCAGCUCCCCCCACGCCGCUGGUGAAAGAAGUCACAAAGAGGUUCUCAACCCCAGAUGCUGCCCCCGUGUCAACAGAACCAGCCUGGCUGGCUUUGGCCAAAAGGAAAGCCAAGGCCUGGAGCGACUGUCCACAGAUCAUUAAGUAGAAUGACUUUUAUCCACUCCUGUUGCCAGUUAUUGGC